UUGAAGUGGCCAUCAUGGUAACACCGUCUUACGACCGCCAUCAGAAUCUCUACAAUCCGUACAUAAAGUUCAGCUAUCCCGAUUCGCUGGCCGUCCCUUUUGGAGUGGAAAAUUUCUGCUUCCCGGAUUCAACACACUGGCCGCCGCCGCUGCAGACGGCCGGCGAACCGUACACGAUCGUUCUGACCGAUUCCAAAGGCGAUCGAAUGUACGGCUACUGCCACCGGGUGGUUCCCGAAGGAGCUCAGACCUGCAUUCCCAUCACCUAUUGUUUGCUGAGCCGCCAUCGAGCAGCCGAAUUUUACAACAAGCUGUUGAACGUUAUGGUUCCACGUCACGGAGCGUCCGUUUCCCAGCGUCUAGCUUUGCUCGAUUGUUUGCACAAACAACCAUUUCCCAGCCCAGGAGGUUUUGUUGAAUUCCCCCCCGAAAAUCUCGGCAACGGGAACAAGGUCAACAAAGUCCAGCGAUUACUCGACGAAAGUCUGGAGGAUUUUGAUUUGAAGGGACUAUUUGAACGACUCAACGAAACGGUCAUCCUACACGUCCUGGGCACAGUGCUGCUCGAACGCAAACUCAUUUUUGUUAGUCAGGAUUUGAGUGCUUUAUCGCUUUGCAUCGACGCUGUUCAAUCCAUGAUGUAUCCGUUUGUGUGGCAACACAAGAUCGUUCCCAUCCUCCCUCAGUCUAUGAAGGAAAUCUCAUCGGCUUACACACCUUUCAUUUUGGGACUCUUGUCCAAAAACGUCGAAGAUUGGAAUUCGAUCUACCCUGAUCAGGGUAUGCUGGUUGAUUUGGAUAGCGGCGAAGUUCUCUACAGCGUCGGCGAUGAAUCGACGAUCCUGCCUCGAUGUAGUGUCAGCAAACUCAUGUCCGACUGGGAGGUGAUCGUCAACAUUACCCAACAAGCUGAAACGGCCCACAAUGCUUUGUACAGCGAGAGCUUUAUGCGGAUGUUUGUCGACCUGUGCGGCCACUACGAGCAAAACAUCCACUACAGCGACUCUGGCCACAAAUACUUUGAUGUAAUUCAAUUAUCACCUACUUGUCUCGUCGACCGUCAAAUUUGA